AUGGGUAGAAUCUACACUCUGAAGAACUCAGUUGCAUUCGUGGGUCUGCUAGUCUCCGUUUGCUGCAUCUUCGUGGUCAUGCUCUCACUCCUCCGGCUCCCAGAUGUGACCCUCGGCGGGAACAGAGCAAUGAUGGGUCCCUACAAGACCUUCAGCAACCGGAAGGAAGUGGUCGCCGGCGACGAGAAGCUCGGCAAGUACGGUGAGAUGAUGGUUCAAAUGCUGCCGGACGACCUUGCUUUCACGGUCUUUGUGCCUUCCGAGAGGGCAUUCGAGCGUGACCUUGGGCUACGAUCUGCAGCUGCCGACGAUGAUGAUAACAGCUCGAGGAGGAACGAUACUUACGCUGUAGUUUCUCGAGUUCUGGGGUUCUCAGCCGUACCUCGAGCUCUACAUUCGAGCGUGGUUGCUCCAGGAGAGGAGGUUUCUUACGAUUCGUUGUCAGGAUUGACUUUGUUCGUGUCGAAGGAUUCGGAGGGAACGCUGGUCGUGAACAGGAUUCCGGCGGAGAGAGUGGACAUCAGGAGGAAGGCGAUCCUUGUUCACGUGAUGGAUGGAGUUAUCAUGGAUGCUGAGUUCGAGCAGUCCGUUCAGCCUGAUCUGGAUGACACUACUGAUUGA